AAAAUAGUGUCCUCUGCUAUACUCUUCUGCCUCAAUUAUCGAAACUUGUAAUCCCUUAGAUCAUAACUCUUUCAUCUUUAUCAUGUCUUCCGAUGGUUGUAAUGAUCGGAAGCGUAAAAGGGUUAGUUCAGAAAAUAUUGUUCAGUUGCCAGCCAAAAUUGCAGCCAAAAGUGCAGUUGAAGAGAGCUCCAAUGCUAGCCAGAUUCUUGAUUUGAAUACUGACAAUCCUCAGGAAAUUAUAGCAGCCAAAAGUGUAGUGGAAUACUACAAUGAAAAGGAGGGAACGAACAUAGGUUUUGGAAAACUUUUGAAAGUGAAGUAUCAGACGAUGAAUUAUCUGUUGACUACCAGAACGGUGUAUUAUUUGACUUUCAGUGAUAGUACAGGGCAGGAUUAUUAUAGUGCAUUUGUUUCAGCCUACAAAACUGGCCAAGAACAACAAAGUGAUUUUCUUAGUGUGGAUUUUGUGAAGAAAGUUGUUCGUCCACGUUGGACUCCAUGGUUCUCCAACCGAACCACCAACACUUGAGGAUCUUACCUUAUUAUUUUCUAAGAAGGAAAGAAAAUACAAGAGAAGAAAUAGAAAAUUUGAAGAAAAUGAUAGAAAACACUUUUAUGUUUUGGUUGUUUAGUUUGCUGUUAAGGAAAGAAAAUUGGUUUAUUUUUAAAUUAUUAUAUUUUCGAAAAAAUUAUUUAAUAUUUUAUUAGUAAUUUCUGAUUUGUGUGUUUUUAUAAAAAUAAAUUCUUUCCAAUUUAUAUGAAAAAAAAUUUCGUACCCCUA